CUCAACCUCUCCUUUGACUCACAGAGGCGGCUCACCACUGGUGCACGGACCGUGGAGGAUACGGGCAGAAGAUGGCUGACUUAGCCGGGCACCGCGAGCCCUCGGCGGCAUCACCAGCGUCACACGGGCCGCUGAAAAGCUGCAAGACAUCCGCCGUCUGGCGACUGUAAACAGCUGCCGCUGCCUCUCUCUCACCCCCUUCCUCACUCCCCUCCUCACCGCAAAUAUUGACAGAAGUAUCUCAGAGAAAACAUGGCAGAGAUGGAAAAAGAGGGCAGACCUCCGGAAAAUAAAAGAAGCCGAAAACCAGCUCACCCGGUGAAAAGGGAAAUAAAUGAAGAGAUGAAGAGUUUUGCAGAGAACACCAUGAACGAGCUGCUGGGCUGGUACGGCUACGACAAGGUGGAGCUGAGAGACUCUGACAACCUGGACAUAGGGGAGACGCCACAGCACAUCUCUGUCCUCAAAGAAAACUUGUUGCCAAAAAUCUCAGCUUCAACCGAGGGCAGCGAAGGCUCUCCGGAUCGAGCCAACAGCUCCCAGUCUUUGCCAGCCUCCAGGAACGGAGUCACAGAGUCCUCCACCACACCGUCCACCUCCAUGCCCGGCACCAAGGAGCAUGGCAACAUGCCCAUCAUAGUCCCCAUGAUCCCCCCGCCGCUGAUCAAGCCCCCUGCAGAUGAAGAUGCAUCCAAUGUGCAGAUCAUGUGCGCCUGGUGCCAGAAGGUCGGUGUCAAGCGAUAUUCUCUGAGCAUGGGGAGUGAGCUGAAGAGCUUCUGCAGUGAGAAGUGCUUCGCCGCCUGCCGCAGAGCCUAUUUUAAGAGAAAUAAGCUGGGAUAUAUAAGGAAUUACGCUGCGAGAGACGACGAUGGCCUCGGUGGGAAAUUACCCCAGCACAGCUAUACUCAGGACACGCCCAGGCUUGUCUUCAAGACAAACAGCGAUGUGCUUGUGUGUGACUGGUGCAAACACAUCCGCCACACUAAGGAGUAUCUGGACUUUGGUGCUGGUGAGCGGAGGCUGCAGUUCUGCAGUGCCAAAUGCCUGAACCAAUACAAGAUGGACAUUUUCUACAAGGAGACCCAGGCUGCACUGCCUGGAGCAUUGUGUAACCCAGGACACGGGGGUGGUGGGGAGGGUAAGAUGGAGUGCGGUGGAGGGGUACAGCUGCUCACUCCUGAAUCCUGGGGGACGCCGUUAACAGACCUGCGGCGUAAAGCUCCCUCACCAGGGGGGCCUUCCACCACCUCUGCACUGGCCCCUUGCACUUCUUCCUCACCUUCUGACACUGCUGCCGUCUGCUCCCCAUCCUCCUCCUCUGCUAAAAUCCCAACACCCAGACCCCACGAGAGCCCCACACUUCACCCUCCGCCUGUUCCCACUUUGCAUCCACCUGUCGGAGUUCCUCCUGGUAGCCCUCCCAUGGUGAUGACGCCCCGGGGACCCAUGCCCCUGCCGCUGUUCAUGGAGCAUCAAAUGAUGCAGCAGAUGCGUCCACCAUAUAUGCGGCCCUCUGGUCACCCAGGAGGGCCCAAUAGCCCCUUGUCAAACCCUAUGAUCCCUGGUAUUGGUCCACCACCUCCCCCAAGGACCAUGGGUCAAGCAUCAAGCCCUAUGCACAGGCCCAUGCUAUCUCCGCAUGUCCAUCCCUCAUCCAAUCCCAACCCUGGCAUGAUGCCCCCACACCCUGGUCUCCCCAUGCCGGGCUUGCCCCCUUUCCCCCCAGUCAACAUGAUGCCCAAUGGGCGCAUUCCUCUGCCUCCAUUGAUGAACUUUGGCAUGCCAUCCUUGGCCCCAUUGGUACCCCCACCAACUCUCUUGGUCCCUUACCCUGUCAUUGUACCCCUCCCAGUCCCAAUCCCUAUUCCAAUCCCAAUUCCCUUCAACUCCAAAACUUCCAGGGACCAGCCGGAGAGCAGUAGCGCCUUUCGCAUUGCUCCAGAGUCCUCUGAAGCUUCAGCUUCUGGGCCCCACUCUCCAGGUUCCUCUGGAGGUGACAGAGGGGAGCAGAAAGUAGAGCCAGGUGGUGCAGAGCGUCUCUCUCCUGUACGCUCAGAGAGAAGCAGGACAGCAAUGGUGGACUUGACUGUGAAGGCAGAGGAAAAUUCGGGCAACCUGUGUCUCACCAGUGGCCCUGGACCGAUGGAUGGGGUGAUUGAUCUAACUGUGGGCCAGAGGCCAUGCCAACAGCAGGUAAUUCAGAGGAUGCUACCUGGGGUCCAGGUCAAAAUAGAGGCAGAGGCUGAAUCAGGAUCUCCACCAGCUGCUGGGCUGAGUUGGGAAGGGAAGGGCAGUCAUGAUGGUGGGGAAGAGUUCAUGUCACAGGGCCUCCUCAGUGCUGCAGAUCUGGAAGGGGCCAUACACCCAAACACACUGGAAUCAUCAGGCCCACCCUCCAGCAACAGCAGCCCUUCUUCAGUGAGCCAGCUAAACCCCUGUAUCUCUAACCCACCACCCUUACCCAGCACAGCACGGACCCAGCCCCUGUCCCUGCCCCAGCUCCAAACAAGCCCUGCUGCCCCUUGUAAUGUCAUCGUCAAUGGCACAGGAUGGCAUCCGCUUCUCACUCCUGCCUUUGACUCCUACCCUGACCGAAGAGGAGACAGUGUUGCAGGAGAAGGAGAGGCAGAGGAGCACCCAGCCAAUGGUGAGCUGGAGCACGAGGCACUGAAAGAGAACAAUUGCUCGGUUGGAGACUGGGAGCCGGGGAAGCGGGGCUCAGUCCAAGACGAGAUGGCGGACGCAGUGGAGGGUAAGCCAGAUCCUGACUCCAACAUGGAGGAGGGUGAGCACGCCUAUGCCCUGCCGCUGCUGUCCACUGGAGGCUGCGUGGUCAUCCAGCCUGUGCCAAAGCCCGGCGCUGACAAGACGGCCAUCCUGUCCUGCUCCAUCAGUGCCCCUUUAUCAGCAGACGGGAGCCCUGAGCUGGAACCCCCGCUGAAGAGGAGGUGUCUGCGAAUCCGCAAUCAAAACAAAUGAGAUGGACGCUCUGAGGACCACAGUGCCAUCAACGACACUCACUUGUCCACCCCCCCACCUCUGAAUCCCACCCCUCCCAACCACACCACCACACACACACACACAUACAGAUUUUUCUCACUCAUCGUCCAGUCUACCAGCACCACAAAUCGCCUUCGACGACUGAUGAGAGUCCAACCAAACAUGUUGAUGUGUAUCAUAGUAGAGCGGAUAGGACUCCUUUUUUUGUCUCUCUUAAUGGACUGAACUUCUACAGACUUGAUGUCGUGGCCAGCAGGAUUGCUUGACCUUUGAACUGCAGACAGUAUAUCCCUGCAACAGAAGGACUUCACCCCGCUGCUUCUCUCCUCAUUUAAAGACUCUCAGCCCACACUGCCCCUUAAACCUUAUCCACCCUUCCAUAUCAAAGCAAGUGCUCUCCGUAUUGUCUGUUGAGUGAUUAGUGAAGGAUCCCCAAAGAGAGAUUUUCAUCCCUCAAUGAAAUGCUCCUGUUUCGCUCCAGCCUGAUGCCACACCACAGGUACAACAUUUCUGCUCCAGUAAGUGUUAUUUUUCCUCACACAACCUGUCACUAAGGUACAGUAUAGAAUGAUUUCACAAGGUUUAAAUUGUAGAGGCAAAAAAUAGCAGAAAUUCUGCCCUAUAAAAACCAGCAAGAAUGUACUUGCCAACCUGACACAAAGUGUUCUGGGUAAUUUUGAAGGGUGGUUGCUAAAAAGAACCAUAACAAGCAUGAAUACACUUAAUGCAAUAUGACUCAAGGACAAUUUAAAGAGAUAUUUCAAUGAGAGGCUGGUAAAACUGUCUUGCAAAUAAAAUCACCAAUUGUGUUGAGAAUUAUUCCUACUGAAUCAGCAAACUGGGGAUAAAAUAUUAACCUUCACCAGCAAGCAAUGGUGUGUGGGUGGAACAAUCUCUGCCAUUUCCCUGUAACAUCCAUUUGUUUGCUCUUUACAUGGGCAGUGCCAGGGAUUUUUCUCUGCAGUAGCUUAGUAGUUGCUUAUCAAUUUUCAAAUACAUAUACAAAUGUGGCCUGGGUUAUAUUACAAUAGUAUGAAUGGCUCUAGCCUGUGCACAGUGGUGGAAUGUAACUAAUGUUGAGUAUAUUUACUCAAGUACUGUCUUAAGAACACAUUUAAGGUACUUUGAGUGUUUUAAAGGUGCAAUGUGUAUGAUUUGGCCAGAUUUUUAGUUUAAAGCAUCCUAAAAAUAAUCAAACAUUAUCAUCAGGAUGUGAAGAAGUGACAGUGUUGAGAUUAUAUCAAAGAUGUCUAUAUAUUCUGUUGCACAGAUAUCUACUGAAACUAGCAUGCUAACCAGCUAGCAGCAGCCCAUCCAGUCUUGUAAUAUCGUUUGUACCUCAAGGGGCGGUAUUGAGUCACUGUCAGAGAGCAGACUGCAUUAAAAACAUACUGGAGUUAGCUUAGCCAUGGAGCUAGCAGGCCGCAUUGUCUCAACACCGAUUUCAAAUUGCAUCCACCUGUGACUCUGCUAUGCAUGUUAGUCUUCUGCCCCAUUGCAACAGUCUCUUAAAGGUAGAACAUCAGUCCAGCUGUAGGUCAAAUUUUUGAGGACAUUGCAGUUAGUAAAUCAUGCAUUACAUGCACAAGGUGAAAUACUGCCCCCUGUGUUUUGGGACAUGCAGCCAAGAUUUACAAAUUGCACCUUUAAUCUCAUGUCACUUUCUACUUCUACUCUGCUAUAUUUUAAAGUUAGUUAUAGUACUUUUUAUUUCACUACAGUAUUUCUGUGUAAGUACGCUACAAUAACCAAGUCCAUGACUCGUAGCCCUGACCUGUUCUCAAAAGACUCGCAACUAACUAGUUUUAGACAAUCUUUUUUUUCAUUGUUUGUAAGUACAAAUGUAAAAUCUUAUUGUUAAAAGCAUCAAAACGAUUUGUUAAUCUUGGUAUUACUAAAGCAACUCUAAGCUACUGCCCGGCACCGCCCCUGGCUCCUAAACUUCACUGAAUUGAAUUGUAUGUCGUCACGCAAGAAUGACACAGAGUUGUCAUGAUAAUCAUUCCUACUAUUGAUAUUUUCACACCCUCUGGAAUGCUGUGUGUGUGCUUAAACAGUAAGCCAUACUGGUAACAGUAAUAGGAGUCCCUGCUGUUUUAAAACAUUUCGAGGUGUACUGCACCUCCAAAAGAACCAGGAUGGCAUGGCAAUGUAGAAAAUCUGCCAACCUGCAGUGGGUACUUGCUACCGCAGGCAAGUACUUCAUCUUUUCUAUAAUAGAUUACCAGUGAUGUUUCUGUAAUGGGCUGGUUUGAGACUGACUGCACUGAAUUUAGAGGGGGCAGAGUGAAGCCAGCUCCUUCAUAAAUAAUCAUUUUGGGACCUGGAGAAAAUACUGUUGAAGUAACACUACAGAUUUUUUUCUACAAUAAACACACUGAAGAUUUUGGAAGUCAUUUGAGAAACAUUUAAAACCUUGCUUCUUGCUUGUCCACCAGUCCUGCCAAGUUGAUUAAUUUGUUUGCCAAUCAUUAUUUGUUUUCAGCCAAAUUUGUGCUCAACUCAACAGCAUGCUGUAUGUACAGGUUAUUUUGGCAAUUUAGGUGAACUGUCACCCAUCCAGUUACACCGCAGCUUGAGCCUGCGAGCUGGGACAUCAAACAAAGCCAGCAUUUAGUUUACACUCCUAUGGAGGAGGUGCAUUGUACCAGUGCAAGACAAGGUAUUAUCAUAUGCCAAAGGCCUCUCGUGUGUUGAAACAAAACAUGUCGCCUAGUUUUCAGUGGAAAUGGGAUUUCAAACUGAAGAUUUGACCAGAUAAUUUAUAGUUGCCAAAAUAACAAGCACUUAUUUUUUAAAAAAGAAGGGAAGAUACAGAGGAACACAAGUGGAUGUCAAAAACAAUAUUACCCCGUUUCCUCUCUUUAUGGUUGACUCAAUCUAUAAAGGCCGAGGAUGUGCCACACUGUGAGUAAAGUGAAAUCUGGAUUAAGAAAUGAAUACAGGACUUGAGUGACCCACAUUAGAUAUGUACAUUGCUUUGCAGUCCCAUCUUUUCAUCACUGGUUUUGCUGGAGCCUUUGCUUUAUUUUCCUUCAUUAUUGUGACUCAUUCUAUGUCCAAAUAAGGCGCAACAUUCACUCAGACACAUAUUCACACCGUAUAUACUCACGUCACACACACAAUGCACAUAGUCAAUUCAACUGUGUACGUGUUUGUGUGAGGCAGGUGCAAGCAGAGAGCCCAGUUGAGAUUACAGAGUGUUGACUCAGAGUAAGUAGUGUGCAACUCUAUCUGUUGCCUGUUAGUCAGGCAUUUAGGCUUAGCUUGCCGCUUGCCAAGGCCCAGCUUUGGUGUCACUUUAAGCAUUUCCUUGCCCCCGCUUCAUUUCUCUGCAAUCGAAGGCAGUGAAAAUGCUCUUUAUAAGCCGCCUGUUUCUGUCUCUUCUACCCUCUGCUGAAUUGUCCAUAAGUAGAGAUAUCCCCUUCUGUCAUUCUUUCACAGAUAUCUGUAAGCACAGCCUUUUUUAAGUGAUGGUUUAUAUCUGAAGAAUGGAUUGUGAAUUGCACCCCUGCUCCAAAAUGGAGAUUUCCCCUGUUGAGUUUUCUUCUUCCAGUCUUGCUCGUGAAAGAACAGAGAUCAGGGCUGAUGUAACCAAGAAACUGGACACUGUAGUUUCUAAUGUCUGUUAUAUGGGAGUCAUACAAAACCAAGGCCACAGCCAGGAUUUUAGAGGUCAUGAGCCACCCAACACACCUCUCAUCAUUUUAACCAGAAACCAAAAAAAGAAAGUCUUUAACUACUUCAAUUUUUUCUAGUUUAAUUUAUUCAGUCAUCUGUAAAUUUUGUAUCUAUCAAACUUAUAAAAUACUCUCUGUGUGUAGGUGUUUAGAACGUAAAGUCCCCCCAGGUUGCAAAAACAUACAGAGAACAUGACCUCAGUAUUCUCAAUGGUAGCUAUAACCCUGUACAAAACUGAGCCACUGAUACAGUUCUGUUCUUAGUCUGAAGCAGGUUACAUUUUGCCUUUAAAUGGGACUCAUGAGUUUGUGGAUACCAUGGCAAACAAUUUAGCAGGCCAGUGAGCAUGUAACAGGAAAUGCAAAGACAUGAUUAAUAAAUAUAUCAACAUUUUCCUCAGACAUUUAAUAAAUAACAAAGAAAAACUAAAACUAGCUAAACUUACGAGUGUGCUGGUUAGCUCCUUUUGUUUACUGCUUCAAGCUAACACCAUAGCAAACAAGCUGCUAGCAUUUUUAAAAACAAAAAGGCCAACCUAAAGAAAAAGAAAGGUGCCAGUCAGUGUUGUUGUUAUAUGACAUGUAGACUGUUAUUUUUUUGUCCUGCUAGACUAUAUAUAAAGAUAGACACUAUUUCUCAACUUCCUCCCAACGUAAAAUGAAGCCACAGUAUUCUGGAUACGGGCACUGCCAUCUUGCACUGGUGAAGUAAUUUGCAGCCAGUCUGUGCAGUAGUGAUUGGUUGAAGUUGCAGUUUAAAGGUCCCACCCAUACGACCACCCAGCUCAAUCCCGCUUGUCACAUGACAGCUGUCAAUGAUGACAUCACACCCACUUUUUAAUUCAUCAAAUUUCUAAACUUCUGAGAAAAUUGAACAUACAGCAUGAAAAGAAGAACCUAAAAUUACAAAAAACAUCUUUGUGAAGAUUUUUUUUUUUUUUUACUUGAUUUGACUUUGAUUUUUCAUGUCCCAUUUGAUAAACCGGGGUGGGAUUUAUGACCAAUUCUGCAGCUAGCCACCAGGGGGCGAACAAGAGGUUUUGACUUCACUUUUAGGAAACUGUCUUGUCAUCCAUCCCUAUAUACAGUCAAUCGUGGCUCUAGCACCAUCUUCACGUCCAGGUGUAAUAUCUAAAGCUAAUUUUCAAGCUAAUUUUCAAUUAAAUGAGUAGUUCAACUUUUUUUGGCAAUGUGCUGACUUUCUUGCUGAGAGUUUAAUAAAAAUAUUUUUACCACUGUUGGUUAGUUUAGCCAAGCAUAAAGACAGGAAACAGUGAAAAAGCUAGCCUGAUGUCAUAGAAGAGCAUAGGCCUGAGUCCGGGUUGAGUUUAACCCCCAUUUAUAUUGUGGGUUUCCAGCUAAGCUAAGCUAACAGCUGUAGCUUCUUAUGCAAAUUUCCCAAAAUGGUAAUUUCCUUUAAAUUUGCUCCACAGAGGAAAAAUGCUACUUGUUUUGUUGACCUUUUCCUGACCUUCCUUCUCAUGCCACCAUCAGGCUAAAUGUACAAUUUUAGUCCAUCAGUUGGCUGAUCUCCCACACUUCUCAAGCAUUAUAUUUAACUAAAAUUUCAUACUGACACUAAAAGCUAAAUUGGGCUUGACUUUUUGAAGAGGAAUUUGUGAGAAUCUUUUAUUAUGUCAGCUUUUUCUCCUGCUUGACAUCGUUACACACACACACAUUCAGACACACAGUGACAAAACAGCAUGCAUGUAAUGUCUGACCCUGAUCUGCACCAUGUUGUGUUGGCGUUGCAAAUGGUAUACUGUCCCUGUCUAAGACAGAUAUUGAAGAUACGAGAGCUUAACUCUCACAUGGAAAUCCUGGACCACUGAAUCAGUCUUUGUGAUGGCAAACAGACUCGUGACAAAUCUCCAGCAUUCCUUUUUUUGAUGAUGGACUACAGGCCUGGUCAGCAGCCUGAAUUAUGCAAUGACAAUGAACUCCAACCCUAAUAUAGACAAGUGGAUCCACAGACAGAAUAAAACAUGACAUGACUUCAUGUUACUUUUCAAAAACAACAGAGAAGUUGCCUUAACUCUUGCUUGUAUAAUCUCUACAGUUAAGACAAUGAUGCUCGCUUGUAAAGAAGACUCUCCCUUCUUUGUACAAAAUUAAAUAUACCAGAAACAACAACUUUGUUAUCUUGCUAGUGUCAAUGUAUAGAUGAUCAGCUUUUUCUGUAACUUGUAUGGACUGUCACAUUUUUGCUAAGAAGAACCCCCUCCCCCUGACUUCCUUGUUCCUAAACAUCCAAUCUGUUCAACGUUUUAACUUGUGGUGGACUGUCAAUCUUUUUGUGUACAUUUUAUAGUAUUAUUUAUUGUUGACAAGUUUUGCAUUUGCAAAUAAUAAAAAAAAGAGUGAAGGUGGUUUGACCUGAGCAUUCUAUUCCAAUGUAAAUGCCUGGUGAACAGUGAAAAGCUUUUUUAAUUAUUAAAAUGGAGAAAACAGCGAUAUGAGGAGAUGAUCUUCUGUCUUUUUAUUAUGAAGUUGUAACAUGUACAUAACAUGUGGCCAAAAUUGCUUUGGAAAAUAAUCAUUUUUUGUGUUGUAACAGUAUUUGUUUUAUCCAGUGAAUUGCUCAUGAAGACAAAUAAAUAAGAGGCACACACAACUCUGUUUCACAUGG